UAGAUUUACAUCACGUGACGACGAGUACUUCCUGUUUCUCUUGCAUUACACUACUGUUUUCGCUUCGUCAGAAAGAUUACCGGUAUCCUAAACACAAGAACAACAAUCACUUCAAAUAGCAAACUAAUUGUAAGAGCUGUACGUUUUCAAAUCUUUUACCUUCCGCCAUGUCGACGCAACCGGCACACGGCGCAGCUUUCCAGAAUAAGUUAGCCUCCAUCAUGGAGGCGCUCGCCCAGGCGGCCGUGUUGGAGAUCGCACAGCUGUGGGAGGAUGCUUUCGCCCUGGUCCACGCUGAACUCCGCCGCAGGGAGCGGGAAGUGGAAGCCCUGGAGAGGAAGCUGCUGGAGAACCAGCGGCGGGAUACGUGUGUGUCGCCCGCGGCUCUUGGCUCCUCCGGCGUGGAGCAACAGCAGCACCACCAGCCGCCGCCGCCGCCCACCACCACCACAGCCACCAACGAUGGUUCAACUACCGACAUCAUCGGGACAUGCGAGCAGAGCAGCGCAGACAAGGGAGACCCUUCAGCCAAUGACGGAGCAGCAGCAUUACUCCUUCAGGAGAACCCAAGUGAGCAGACCUGCGACGACACAGCUGACGAGGACUUACCCGUCAAGCGAGAGGGCGACGAGGAUGACGUCAUGAUUGUGGAGCAGGUGACAGACUCAGAGUGCCCCGACCCCGCUGACGGACCCUCGGGUCAUGGUCCGGCCGUCAACAGUGAGGAUCAGGAGAGCCGCAUGUGGUCGUCUGUUUCUGUGGGCGACAGCGACACCGCAGAGGAGGCGGACUACUUCUUGGCUAAUUCUCACAAUGUGGAUUCGGAUAUUUUGCUGAUCGAGAAUGCCUUGGACAUACUGGAUAACUCUAACAGGUUGGUGGCAGGCGCUAGACAUGCCUCAUCGAGUCACUCGGCGCCUUUUCGGCAAAAUCAUCCUCUCGGCCAAUCCGACGAGAGGCGGGGUGCUUUCCUCCCAGGGAAAUGUCAUCCCGACAACGGCAUCUUCAUGUUCGACGACCCCAGGCUAGGCAAAGAAGUGGCGGGACGGCGCGUCAAAGAGAAGUGGUUCAUCUGCCCGUUCUGCGGCAAGAGCUUUGACCGAGCCAGCCACUUGGAGAUCCACCAGCGCAUUCAUACGGGCGAGAAGCCUUACAUGUGCAACAUGUGCGGCAAGUCCUUCUCCCAAAGGAGUAACCUGCGCACGCACCAACGCAUACACAAGGAAGCCUUAGCCCCGCAGUGAAUGAAUGGAGAAAGACAAAAAAACUCAACCUUCUUCCAUCCAACCACACAAAAUGACAAAACGUGUCGAGCGUAACAAAUGGCCAACAUUUCUAGUACGAGUGCCCCGAAUUGAAGUGUCUUUUCACAAAUAUUGUUUGCUUCCUGAGAUCCAAGCAAAACACUGUGUAAACAUCAUCCGGUCCGGUCCGGCCUACUUAUCACAUAUUACCCUUAUUUUGGCUGUAAAUUAGCCCUCACUUUGGCUUCCGAGACAGUAAAUUGUGCUAGCGAUGAAGAAAGUGUGGCUUUUACGAAAGCUGGUGUCCAUCCCGACAACCGCGCAAACACAGCUAAUAAUAACUAAACAGAAAGACAGCUCUUUGGAACGUAACGAGACGUGCAUAUACUAAAGUGUGGGGGUGUCUAAAUUGCUUCAUAAAAGCAUUUUUUAAUCAUG